AACUGUAUCUGUGAGAAAAAAAUAUCGAUGCGAAUUUAAUCGCCUGAUGAAAAUUGCAUAAACGUGUAAGCGUUUGCUGAUAAUGCAAUGAUAAUUUCAUGUUGAGAGCAGUUUAGAAGAUUAUUUUAAGGGUGUCAAUUAUGGCAAAACAAUACUAUGCUCUCUUACGGUGGUCGCAUAGUUUUUAGCCAGUGUUGGUAUUAUAUGAUGUUGUAAACAGGUAAUUUGUGUUUGGAUCUAUUGAGCAAUGUUUCUAUUGUUGAAAGGAAUAUUACACAGGAAUUAUAGUCUAUGAAUCCUCGGAUGAUGUAGGGACGGACUUACGGAAUAUGUGCGAUGGACUCCUCAAACUGCUUGGCGUCAUAGAGAGCAAGGACACCUAAAGAGACCCUGAAUAAACAGAUCAAGACCUCCAAAGAUGAGAGUAAAAUAAAAACCCAGGCAAUGUAUGACCUUCAGUGGCUUAUGUCUUACCUAGACCGCAAGAAUUGUGCGCUUAACAAAAAGGUUGACGGGCUGCACUCCAGUGUGGAUAACGGGACGAAGUGUAUCCCCGCCUCCAGCUACAUCAGGCAAGCGGACCACGGCUCAUCAAAGGAAGCUCUAGUUUCAUCCGUCGACGUCACGAUUGAUACAACAGUGUCGGCGCCUCUGCCUUUAACGACGCCGACGAAGACGGUUCAAGAAAAUGCCGACAGGUUUAUGUCGGCGACCGUGGCAACGUACAACCCGCACAGAGGACUUCUCGAUGCCGGUUCACCAAUACACAGCGAGAACCUAACGCCGGAAAUUGAAGGCGACAAUCGCCUUCCGAUCGUUAUGAUUGUGGUAGGCGGUUCCGCUCUUAUUGUCCUUAUCAUCACCGUGGUGCUCGUCCUCUGCGUGAGGAGAAUACGACAGCGCCGCCGGAAGCGCUCCCUGGUUGCCGCCAAGUACGACAGUCUAAUCACCACUCUCCAUCGGACGUCACCCGUGUCACUGAUUAGCCACCGGCGGCAGGUGAGCGAGCCUUCAUCGGCGUCGUAUCUCUCAAACUACAGCACGUUCGACAUCGUAACCGAAUAUCAGAACGCGCAAGAUGUAGGGUACGAACACCAGACGGACUCAAGAAAAUCGAAUGGUGAAAAACUGACGAAGUACCACAGUAUGGAUUCAGGCCAAAAUAAAGUGAAAAAGAAGGCAGCGUCACUUAAAAAGUCUAAAUCAAACCCUGUCAUUAUGCCCUCGGGUCGAGCCGAAUGCGACAACGAGCAAUGCCCCAAGAUUUCGUUCACACUCAAGUACGACUCCAAAGCACGGCGUCUGAAGCUGCGCUUCCUCUCUGUUUGCGAGCUGCCUGGAAAGUGUCACGGCCUUGAUGUAUCGGCCGUCGUUUCCUUGUUCCCACGCAACGUUGACGGCGUCAACAGCCGCAUCGUAACCGGCGCCAGAGAGGUUCAUCUCGACGAGACGUUCCUCUUCGACGACUUGACACUCCCGGAAGUUGAGAAGUCCACACUGCGUUUCGUGCUUCACUUCAAGCGGAAGAUGCGCUCCGGAAAGGAAGAGCUCCUCGGGGAGCUAUACAUGAAGUGCUGCGACCACGACUGGAGAAACAACGAUACGUUGAACUUCACGUCGAUGCCGCUCGGCUUAAAAACGAAAAGCGGGACGCGGGAUAAGUACCUGCUUGAAGACCUCGGCUCUCUUUUUGUCUGUCUCGAGUACCAGGGAGGGGCCAACCGACUCAAGGUCAUGGUCAGAAGGGCGAGUGGGCUGCCGAAAUCCGACAAACUGAUUGGGGAUCCGGGUCACUAUGUUGUCAUCAACCUGGUCAAAAACCUCAACGUUGUAAAGGUUCAAGAAACCAAAACUCUGAACGGUUAUGCGCCAAUAUGGAAUCAGCCUUUUUUGUUUGACUUAAGUGGCUCGCCGGAACUAGAAUACAGUGUCGAUUUUGUGAUCAUGCGUAAGAAACUGCAUACCAAGGACGCCGUGAUCGGUCACGUGACCAUUGGUACCAAUGGGUGCCUCAGUGGGCGGAGUCACUGGAAGGACAUUAUGUCUCCACGCCCGUUGGAAACGGCAAAGUGGCACGCGAUUGGUCCGAUGAUAGGCAAGCACGGGGUCCAACAAAAUGGCGUCGAACAUUCGCAUUCUGGCAAUGCUUAAUUGCACUGCACUGAGUUUGCGCUGGCCUAUUGUGCACUUUCAACUAAAUGUAAAUACUGGUUUGUGAUGAUUAUACGACUCAGCUUCGUUUAUUUACGCUGGUGCUUUGUUUAAACUGUGUUGAACGUGUUGCGCCAGUUUCUUGUUUGUACAGUUUUUUAAAGUUUACAUAUUCAUUAAAACCGUUAUGUAUCCAAAUUGUUUAGAAAUGUUAUCAUCGAUAAGAAGACCUUUGGACAUAUCAUAAUUACAUGUGCUAAAUGAUUUUAAGUUGUUUAACAGUUUCUUUGUAUAUUCCAAGAAAUUUUUCACAUACCGUGACAGUUUCGAUCCACCAUUGGUGCAGUUACAAACCAUAUAGCUAGGCACAACCAUGUCAUUGACUGGGAGGGGGUGAAAGUGAUUGAUAAGGAAAACAACACCGCACUCGGAAAACUUAGGGAAUCGGUUGCGAUAGCUAAGGAGAGACGGGUAAUGAACAGGGACGAGGGGGGCUACCAACUGAGUCCCGUCUACAGGCCUUUGUUUACUGCUGGGAACCAUUCCGGCAGUAAACCCGCCCUGUUACGUGCAUUUCCCGCAAAGUCACAGUCUGAUGAAGAUUCACCAAUGGUGGAUCGAAACUGUCACGGUAUGUGAAAAAUUUAUUGGAAUGUACAUAGAAACUGUUAAAUAAUUUUCAAAGAUGGAUUUCUUUCGAGAUUUUAAGUUGUAUUUAGAAAUUUGUAUGUAUUGACCAGUUUAUGCCUAGUGGACUCUCCCAUCCUUCUAGGGAUGUCUAGUAUAUUUAUUUCUAUAUUUAGAAUAAUUCUUACAGAAAUUCCUUUAAGCAAACAGCGCAGACCCUGAUGAGACGCCGCAUCUGGGUCUACGCUGUUUUCCAAGGCCUUUUUUCUAGACGCUAGGCAUAAAUGUAUUAAGUUUUUGUGUAAAUAGUAUGUUCUUUACGAAUACCAAUGAAAUUGUAAUUACAUAUGUCAUCUAUCAUACUUACAUAUCGGUACAUUUGCGCUAUUAUCAUCACCAUUUAAUCAUGUUGUUCUCAUCAGAAUCGAUUCUAAAGAAGCCUUUGAUGAUAGAGCUUCUUAGUUGUACAUGCUGUUACUUUUAUACGUUGAUUGCACAGAGAGGUUAAUUUCACGAAGUAUUAAGUGAAAUGAUAUGUGGCCGAUAUACACAGGAAAAGACAUAACUGAAUAUGUUUACCAUAUAAAAAUUAAGACACGUCGAUUAUUUUCUAUUGAAAAAAGAGAACAUUUAGUGCGAAUUAUUCUGCAAUACAAAUGAAUACUUUUGUAAGGUUCUCCCGGGUAUUGGAAAAUGUAGACGACAUUAAAAAACAAAAAGGUAAAAGUUUUUUAACUUUGGCUCUUACUUGUGUUUGCAAGCCUGUACUCCGCCGCGUCAUUGCGACUGAGUUUCUAUUAAUCAAUUUGACCUCAUGUUUUGUGAUGAUCCAUUUCACUUAUAUCAUUUUAUUGUGCAGAAACCACACGUUUGAUUCGGUCAUAGUGCGCAUUUUAACAAUCAGCUAGUCGUAUCAACAUUGAGUAUAAAAUUACGAUGUGUUACAUUCAUUUAUAUUUAGUUUCUUGCUUUACAAUCGGCCUUUCUGAAAUGUCACAGUUACGUGUUGUUUUUUAAGAUGCUUGACGUGUUGUGUGUUUUCAAACACAUUGUUUUAUAACUCGUACUGUUUUGUUGAAUAAAAACUAAGAAAUGUA